AUGAAGGGGAAAAGAACUCCCCCGGUAUUGAACAAGCUGCUAGAUAUGGGAACAGAAGCAGAGGAUGAAUUCAUUCUGAUUGCAAAGAAGAUAGAGGAAAGAGAGCCUGGGUGCAUUGGGAAGAAGCUAUAUCAUCUACGUGUCUUGGCGAGCCCAUACAUCACAGCACAGGACUUCCUGGAAAACAUCAAGAAAGUGGAGAGCAGCACAGAUUUGAAAAAAAAACUAGGAGAAAAGCUGGAGAAGAUAUCUCAGAUCAGACGGCUGACAGCAUCGUUCAUGAAGUUGGCAGGGGUGAGCAAAGAGGAACUAGAAACCUGUUCUAGUCAUCUCACGGAACAAGCCUUGGAAGCAUACCUUAAAAUGAAAAACGCAAAAAAAAACCUGGAAUGGAAAAGUUAUGUACAGCGCUGCACGAACGGCGAAAUCAAUGAAACGUUGCGGAAAGCUCCAGAUUACGAAGUCAAGCUGAUCCUAGGAAAUGUAUUUCGACUCCCUGAAGGUGUUUUCAAGGAACCUUUCUGUGCAGCAGCCUUCUCAAUCAAGAGCUUUGAUGUGGCAAAAACAUGUAUGUUGGGACUUCAGGAGCACCAGACCCUUCACAAAGCACCAAGAGCACCCAUCGCCCUCAUAACCGAGAUUGAAGUUGCUUCUGCGAUACAGGGAGCAUUUGAAGGACUACAAUCAAGGACCGGGAGCCUCUUCACUCAGCGCCAUUCCUACGCCGUGAUUUGCAGCGGAUCAAGGAUCCAGGGGUCAUGGGAACUUCCCUCCGCUUCAAAGAUCGUCUCUCUUGUUAAUCUGGAGUUCGAAGAUCGUACGAGGGGACGGACAUCAGGGAUUCCAUCCGAGUCGAACAGAGCCCAAGAUCUCAUAAGAUCGCCUGACAGCAUGUCUCCGGAGAGGAGGAUAGAGGCGCAUGACACGAUAGAAUCUCACACC